CACCAAAACAACACAGACGAGGAAGCACACGACACAGCUCCAGAGAGAAGACGGCACUUCUUCAGGUUUAGACUUUCACUGUUGUUAACAAGUUGGCAAAAGCUGCAGGAUGUUGAUAAAGGAGUACAGAAUAUGCAUGCCUCUUUCUGUGGAAGAGUACAAGACUGGUCAGCUGUAUAUGAUUGCCAAGCACAGCAAUGAACAGUCACAUAAAGGAGAAGGUGUUGAAGUAAUAAAGAAUGAAGACUGUCAUGAUCCAGUGCAUGGCAAGGGGAGGCUAACAGAGAAACGGAUCUACCUGUCUAGUCGUCUCCCAACGUGGGUACAGAAAUCCCUCUCCAAAAUAUGCAACUAUUUCUACGUCACAGAAAAGGCAUGGAACUACUUCCCACACACCAUCACAGAAUACACGUGUUCAUUUUUACCAAGGUUUAGCAUCUUCAUAGAAACAAGAUAUGAAAACAACAGUGGAACAACAGAAAAUUGCCUAAGUCUUUCUGAAGAGGAGUUGAAGGAACGACAAGUCCUGCAUUUAGAUAUAGCUUAUGAUGACAUACCAGAGAAAUACUUCAAGGAAGAAGAGGAUCUCACCAAAUUCCGCUCUAAAAAGACAGGAAGAGGGCCUCUACAACCAGGAUGGAGGGAGCAGAGUAAGACGAUAAUGUGUUCUUAUAAAUUGGUUCGAGUCAAGUUUGAAGUAUGGGGCUUUCAGACCAGAGUGGAGAACAUGGUGCACAAGGCAAUACAAGAUAUUCUUUUGCUGGGUCACAGACAAGCAUUUGCAUGGAUUGAUGAAUGGUUUGAUAUGUCCGUUGAAGAUGUCAGGAAUUACGAGAAGCAGCAACAAGAAGAGACGAAUAGCAAGGUGAAUGCCGGCCUGAAGAGGCAGUUAAGCCAAGAGUCGGCAAACGAAGACGAGUUUACGUUAGCCUCUGAAGAACCGUUGGAAGAUUUAGCCUCCAGUAAAUGAUUCCCCCCCCUCCAUGUUGUGUAUACGUUGAUAUAGACUUGGAACUCCUUGGGCUGAGCAUAAAGCAAUAGGAUGAAAUCUUGUUGAGCUCCUAAAUACUCCAGAUAGCAUGGACUAAAGGUCUUUUCACACUACCUCCUUUUCGAACCGCAUUGAAACCUACCCGGGUCUUUUCCGGUUCAGCGUCGCUUCUUUUCGACAAGGAUCAGAGACAAGCAACAUUCACACUGGUCUUAAUGUGAACCGGCUAAUCACGGCAGAAAAAUGCAAUUUCGAUCCGGAUUGAGAUUUUCAACCCUGGUCCCUGCCAGGGUUGAUUUCUAUCCGGCUAGAGCAUGCUACCCGGAUAAGAGGUGCUUUGAAAUUUUUACAGUGUGAAACAGGUUGAACAAAGUCUCCGGUUCGGAACCGGUUCUGACCCCGAGAUUUUGGACAGUGUGAAAAGGCCUCAAGUGUGUCAUAUAAUGAGAUUGGGUUAAAGAAAGAAGAGAGCUAACGGACUGGGUAAUAGAGCCUUCCCAUGAAAUAUGCUAAUAACAAUCAUGCAUGCGUGCAUACCCUAUUAGAUGUGCACUAAACGGACGUGCAAUCGCGUCUGCGUGAUGCAGUCAUGAGCCGCAUGAAAACAAUGUGAUAUGUGUUCCCGCAUUUUGCUAACCAAGACGUUAGUGCGCAUGAACUAUGUAUGUGCAAUUUACAUAUUUCAUGGGAAGGGUCUACAUGGUAUUGUUCACAAAAGUAAAAGAUUAAUCCAUACACCAGACAGACUGUGUAUCCAGGUACAUCUAUCUUGGUCAAUUCAAUAUAACCACACAAAAGGCUGGAAGCACAGAUAUGUCUGGCUCCAUCAGUGAUAAUUGUUGUACGUACAAUGUAUGGUUGUAACAUUACUGGUGUAUUGCCCACCACUUUUCAAGAGACUAUGGACUUUUUCGAAACCACGGCUUCGGCGUUGGAUUCGUUUCAGGCUCCGUCCUCUCGUCUUAAACCCUGGGCAUGUAUACACAAAUCAUGCGCAACUUUCAAAACAACUGCGGGGCCAAGCUAGCCUGAGCCGCAUCUAUAGCCAAAUGCAGUCGUUUCAAAAAAGGGCAUAAGUAGUUCUGUCCAUGCCUAACAAUUUUAAAGCAAUAAUAAAACCUCAGACGUCUUUGUAGAGGAAGUUUUUUAAUCUUUUGGAGUUGAACAUCUCUUUCAAUGUCCAGACAUUUUAUUACUAAUCCAGAUUGGAUCAAUGGAUAUUUGUGAAGCAGGAUACCAACACAGAUGAUGUUCACCCUUUUUCAAAUGCACUGUUUUUUUAAUGAAGUCUGUAAUGCCGACAUUUUUAAUGCAAUUUUCAAAUGCAAAGAGAAUAAAUAUAUUGGGCUCAACUCAUGAAAUUGUUAAGUAAGUUGAGCCUAUCCAAAAAUAUAAUACUAUAUUUUAUAA